UCCAGAAGAGAAACCGAAGCCAGUCGAAGAACAAAAAGGCAAGAAAUCUGAACAACCACAGGUGAAACCAGCUCCAGAAGAGAAAGCGAAACCAGUGGAAGAACAAAAAGACAAAGGAUCUGAACAGCCAGUGGCCAAACCAGUUCCAGAAGGGAAACCUAAAUCGGCCGAAGAACAAAAAACUAAAAAAGCUGAAGAAUCACAAGUGAAAUCGACUCCCGAAGAGAAGGUGAAGCCAGUUGAAGAAAAGAAAGCUGAACAACCACAAGGAAAACUGGCUCCUGAAGAAAAACUGAAGACAGUUGAAGAACAAAAAGGCAAGAAAGUUGAACAGGUACAAGCGAAACCGGCCCCAGAAGAGAAACCGAAGCCAGUGGAAGAACAAAAAGGGAAGAAAGGUGAGCAAGCGCAAGCGAAACCAGCUCCAGAAGAAAAGGGUAAGCCACCGGAAGAACAAAAGGCGAAAAAAGCUGAAGAACCUCUGGCGAAACCGACUCCUGAAGAAAAAGUCAAGGCAGUUGAAGAAAAGAAAGCUGAACAGCUGCAACCGAAACCUGCUCCUGAAGAGAAAUCGAAAGCAGUCGAGGAACAAAAAGCGAAGCUCUCUGAAGAAAAGAAAGCAGUUACAGCUGAGAUUCCUGUUGAAAAAAAGGAGGAAGCAAAGGUUGUUCAAAAACCAGCGCUGGCUGAAGAGCAAAAAGGUAAACCAGACGAGAAACCAAAAAAGACACAACCUGCUGUCGCUAAACCUGGAUUAACUGUUGAAGCUAUUGUACCAGUGAGCACGAUCGAAGAAAAAGAAAAAAUUAAAACAGUUGCUCCGCAAACUACUUCUCCUGAGCAACAGAAAAUGAAGCCUGUUGAGGGGAAGAGACCAUCUAUCGAAAUGGCAAGUUCUGAGUCGCCAACUGCUGCAGCUGAACAUGAUUUUCUUCGACCAAACUUUACUCUUCGUCUAAAACCAACAAUUACUGUUACUGAAGGUGACAAACUUAAGCUUGAAGCUCGUUUUAUCGCUCAACCAGAACCAACAGUAACAUGGUAUUUUAAAAAUGAUGUACUUAAACCUUCACCUAAUAUACAUAUUGAUCAAUUACGUGAUGUUCAUAUGUUUUGUUCAAUAGUAACUAUUGACCAAGUAAAUAAUAAUUUAGAUGGUAAAUUCAAAGUAGUACUCAAAAAUGAAUUGGGUGAAGCUGUGAGUGCUACCCAAGUAAACGUCAAACGAUCAACUACGGCUGUGCAACUUCAAGCGCCACCAAAGAAAACAAGCACGUCCGAAGCUCCAUCACUUGCACCAAAUGAAGUCUUAUUAACGACGGCAAGUGGUAGUGAAGGUGAAACAAUGUCGAGCGAGCCAACCAUUACUACUGAUGAACGUCGUACAAGUAUAUUAACUGUACCUGAAGGCAAACCAACCUUUAUUCAACCACUUGAGAGUGAGUUAUUAAUCAAUGAAGAUGAACAACUCACUCUCGAAUGUACUAUAUCUGGUAAUCCAUUACCACAAUUAAAUUGGUUAUUUAAUGAUCGAAAAAUAAUUAUUGGUAAAGAUUAUCAAAGAAAAAGUGAAACAUUAAAUCCACAUACUGUUCGUCAUCAAUUAAUAAUUAAUCCUAAACAUAAAAAAAUUGGUAUUUAUAAAGCUCAAGCACAAAAUACAUAUGGUCAUACAAUAAGUACAUGUUCAGUUAAAAAAUCAUCUCAUACACUUGAUCGACAAAAGAAAGCUGCAUUUCAAGAAGCUGAAUUACAAUUAUCAGCACCACCAUCUGCUCAACAACAUCGUUCAAGUGUAACAGCACCAGCUAAUCUUGAACAAAUACAAAAACCAAUUAUUGUUCAAGGUCUCUCAAUAUUACAAAUUGAUUUAGGUUCACCAUGUGCAUUAACAUGUAAAUCAAAAUAUGAUACUGAACAACAAUGGGUUAAAGAUGGUCGACCAAUUCUUAGUACUCAACCAUCCGAUGAUAAUAUGUUUCGAAAAACAGAUCGUUCAAAUGAUGGUAAUUUACAUGUACUUAAUAUAAAAAAAUUUCAACAAGAAAAUAUUGGAAAUUAUGAAUUAAUUCUUAAAAAUAAUCUUGGUGAAAUAAAUUCUCAAGGACGUUUAGAAAUGAAAGGUAUAGCACCAACAUUUAUUCUUGAACCUAAAACAAUAGCAGUUGUCAAAGGAAAACUAGCUGAAUUUAAUUGUCGUGUUGCUGGAAGUCCAAAACCAGAAGUUCAAUGGUUUCUUAAUGAUAAACUUUUACAUUCAGGUGGUAAAAUAUCUAUUGUUGAAGAACGUGGUUUAUUUAUUCUUCGUAUUAAUAAUAUAACUGAUGCUGAUACAGGUACAAUAAAAUGUCUUGUUAAAAAUGCUUUAGCUGAAAUACAACGUGAAGUACAAUUACAAAUAACUGGUGAACAACGUAUACCAAAAAUUAUUGACAAGUCACCAUCAAAAGAAGUUAAUGUUGAUGAAAGUGUAGAAUUUUUUGUUAAAGUUUCAGGUGCACCAACACCAACAGUUACAUGGACUCGAAAAGGUAUGCCUAUAUCAUCAAAUGAACUUUAUCAAUUACGUACUGAUAAUGAUACACAUUAUUUAUUAAUUAAAAAAGCUAUUGCUGAUGUUGUUGGUACUUAUGUUGCAACAGCUGUUAAUACAGCUGGAAAAGUUUCAGCAGAUAUUGAUCUUACUAUAACAGGUUUAAGUACUUUAUUCGUACGACCAUUACGUGAUACAUCUGUUACUCAAGGACGCCCAUUUACACUUGAUUGUGAAGUUAAUACUCAAAAAGGUAGUCCAGCAAUUAUAUGGAUGAAAGAUAAUAAACCAAUUGUUAAAUCAGAUCGUAUAAUACCAUCUAUUAAAGGAACUAAAAUUCAUGUAUUAACAAUUAAACAAGCAUUACCAUCUGAUACAGGUUAUUAUAGUAUAAAAGCAACAUUAGGUAAUGAAAUAAGUACAUCAGAUGCUCAAGUAGUUGUACAAAUUCCACCAUCAAUUAUUAAAAUACCUGAAAUAAUAAGUAUUGUUGAUGGACAAGAUUGUGAAAUUAAUAUUGAAGUUGCUGGUUUACCAUCACCUACUGUUAAAUGGUCACAUUUAGCUGAAGAUUUAAUAACAAAUUCAAAAUAUAAAAUAACAUCAGAUGGUAAUAAUCAUCAAUUACGUAUUCAACAUGCAUCUGUACAAGAUGCUGGUGAAUAUCAAAUUUUAUGUACAAAUAAUGUUGGUCGUGUAACAGGAAAAACUACUGUUCGUAUAUCAUCACCACCAAUUAUAAUUGAACCAUUAAAAGAUUUAUUUAUACCAAUAAAACGUACAGCACGAUUAGAAACACAUAUAGAAGCAUUUCCUGAAGCAAAAGCUAUUUGGUCAAAAAAUGCUAUACCUAUUGAUUUUAGUUUAUAUGGAGGACGAAUGAUUGCUGAAGAAAAACGAGGCAUUUAUUCAUUAGUUAUUAAAAAUAUUCAAUUAGAUGAUGGUGGAUUUUAUGUCUGUACAGCACAAAAUUCAUUUGGACAAGUUAAAACAUCAGCAACAUUAACUAUUGAAAUGGGUCCAGUAUUUUUACACAAAUUAGAAAAAUUAGAAGGUGUAGAAAAUUGUGAUAUUGAUAUACGUGUACAAGUUGCUGGUCAUCCAAAACCAAAUUUAGAAUUUGCAUUUAAUCAAAAUCCAAUUGAUUUAAAAGGACGAUAUUCAUUAAAAGAACUUAAAGGUGGAUGGUAUGUUUUUACUAUUGCCAAUGCCAAAAGAUCCGAUGCUGGUUCAUAUUCAUGUACAGCAACAAACUCUCUUGGACAAAUAUCAUGUGUUGGAAAAUUAACAUUAUUUCCAUUAUCUGCACCAAAUUUUACUAAAAAUUUAACUGAUGCUUUAUUUCCUGUUGGUGGAAUACUAAAACUUGAUUUAAAAGUCAGUGGUUUACCGUUACCACAUUUAACAUGGCUUAAAGAUGGACAAAUAUUUGAUGAAAAUGAUCGUAUAUCAAUUGUAUUUGAUCCACGUACAGCAAAUUGGACAUUAACAAUAAAUGAUUGUCAAGAAAGUGAUAGUGGUAUAUAUGAAUGUCGUGCAAAAAAUCCAGGUGGAGAAAAAAUAACAAAAUGUAAAAUAACAGUUUCGGGUGAAGCACCAAUAUUUAUUGAUUCACCAGAAAAAGUUAGUUGUUUGGAAGGACAAACAGCUGUAUUUGGCUGUCGAGUUAGUGGUGAUCCUUAUCCAAUGGUUCUAUGGUCAAAAGGCAAAACAAAAACAUUUACAGAAAAUACACCAAAAUAUGUACUUUAUUAUGAUGAUGAACUCGAUGCACAUUUUUUUGAAAUAAAUCAAUGCUCAGGAGCUGAUACAGGAACAUAUACAGUUACACUUCAAAAUACACAUGGAACUGUAACAAAACCAGUUUCAUGUUUUAUUGUUACAAGACCAGAAGAAGUUAUUGAUUAUAAGAGUGUUCUACGUAGAAUGGAAGCCUUACAACGAGGAGGUGCUGGUGGGCCAGAUUGGGGCAAAUUAAAGAAAGGUAAAGCUACAGCCAAACGACCUACUGAUCCUGGUUGGCAAUAUAAUUUAAAACAUUUUGAAACAACUGGUGAAACACAAGUUAAACAAUAUCUGGAAGCUCAAGCUGGUGAUCUCGUUGGUUUAUCGCCAAGUGAAUUAGCUGCUCGUCGUUCACGUGGAAGUAUUGGUACUGGCGAAGGUUUAGAAGGUGAUGAUGGACGUGGAUUAGAUGCAUCGACAUCAACAACAGCACCGAAAGGUCGUAAAGUAUCUCGUCUUGGUCUUGUUACAUUUACUAAACCAUUAACAAAUGUAACUGUAAAUGAAGGUAAACAUGCAACAUUUGAAUGUAAUGUAUCAGAAGCUGAAGCAUCUGUAACAUGGUUAAUUAAUGAUAAACCUAUAUCGACUGAACGUGCUCAAACAUUAUCAAUUGGUAAAACACGUCGUCUUAAUAUAAAAGAUUGUUUAUUAAAUGAAAAUAAUUCAACAAUAACAUGUAUAUUAGAUGAAGCAACAAAAACAAAUGCACAAUUAUUUGUUAAAGAAGAACCAUUUGAUUUUGUAGAUAAAUUAAAAAAUCUUAAAAUAAAACAUGGUGAUAAAUGUGAAUUACAAUGUACAGUUAAUAAACCAAAUAUUAAUUUACAAUGGUUUAAAGAUGGUAAAUUAAUAACAGAUAUUAAAGAAGAAAUUGAUGGUUUAAAACAUAAAUUAAUUAUACCAAAUAUAGAAGAUAAAGAUAAAGGUGUUUAUGUUGCUAAAUAUCAAGAUAUACAAACCGAAGGUCAUGUUGAAGUAUUGGGCCCACCACAAAUUGUCAAACCACCAACUAAUUCAAUUCUUCUUGUUGGUCAAUCCGUUAUUCUUACUACUGAAAUAGUUGGUAAUCCAAAGCCACAAGUUUCAUGGUUAUUCAAAGGUCAACCACUUAAAUCAACUACAACUAAACAUCAAAUUGAUGCUAAAAAAGAUGGUAUAUAUACAUUAACAAUUCUUAAAGGUGAUACAGCUGAUGAAGGUCAAUAUACUGUCGUUGCUGAAAAUUCAGUUGAUAAAGUUCAAGCAAAUGCUACCGUAACUGUAUGUACAAAACCAAAAGUUGAUAAAUUAGCUGAUCUUGCUAUUAAUAUUGGUGAUAAUGCUCGUAUUCAAUGUCAAUAUUCUGGACAACCAACACCAACUUUAACAUGGUAUAAAGAUGGAAAAGCAAUUCCAACUGAUGACCAACGAAUUAUAAUUACACAAGAAACACUAACAUUAUCUGUAUUAACAAUUAAUAAUACAACUAUAGAUGAUAAAGGAAUUUAUUCCGUUAAACUACGAAAUAUUGCUGGUGAAGUUGAAGGAAAAGCAAAUUUAAAUGUUAAACCAAUUAAACCAACAAUAACACGUGAUCUUAAUCCAACAUAUAUUGGUAUUAAAGAUGAAAAUCUUAUAUUAUCAAUAUCGGGUACUGGUAAUCCAUAUCCAACAUGUCAAUGGUUUAAAAAUAAUACUGAAAUAACAACGACAACAGAUGAACGUAUACAAUUUAAAGAAGAUAAAACAACAAAUGAAUAUAGUCUUAUUAUUAAAAAUACAAAUCAAAAUGAUAUAGGUGAAUAUCAAUCACAAUUAACAAAUGCUGCUGGUUUAGUUAAAUCAAAAAAGAGUAAAAUUACAAUACAAAAACAACCAACAUUUAUUAGAAAACCAGAAACAAUAACUGUUAAUCAAACCGAAACAUGUAAAAUUGACUGUCAAAUUGAUGCAUUACCACAAGCAAAAGUUACGUGGUUAGUGGCUGGUAAACCAGUUUCAGCUAAAGAUGGUUAUGAAACAACAUUUGAUACGAAAACAGGUAUUGCUACAUUAACUAUUAAAAAUAUUACAACAAAACAUGCUGGUUCAAUAACUGUCAAAGCUGAAAAUACAGUUGGUACAACUGAAGAAACAGCUAAUAUUAAUAUUCGUUCAGCACCAAUUCUUCUUAAACCAUUAACCGAUACCGAAGUCAUUACAAAUAAUGAUGCAACAUUUAUUUGUGCAUUUCAAUCGUCACCACAAGCAAAUAUUCAAUGGUUUUAUAAUGGUAAACCAUUAUCUUCAUUACCAAAUAAAUAUGAUAUUUCAUACGAUUCGAAUACAAAUCAACAUAAACUUAUUAUUAAAAAUACAACAUUAGAUGAUCAUGGCACUUAUAGUGUACAAGCAAUAAAUGAACUUGGACAAACACAAAGUGAAGCUAAACUUAAUGUUAUACAUGCACCAAAUUUUCUUAAUGGUUUACAAGAUACAUCAGUUGUUGCUAAAGAAACUAUUGAAUUAAAUAUUAAAGUUCAUGGUACACCACAACCAACAAUAACAUGGUUAAAAGCUGGAAAAGAAAUAAAAUCUGAUGAGAAAAAAUAUUCUAUUAUACCAAUAGAUAAAGAUGGUAAUGCAAAAUUAAUCAUUAAAGAUGUUAGUGAAGAAGAUCAAAGUUUAUAUUCAUGUAUAGCAAAAAAUAAAGUUGGUACAAAUCAAACUGAUGGACAUUUAAAAGUUUUAGCACCAUUAAAAUUUAUUCAACCAUUGCAAGAUAUUGAUGUACUUAAUACACAAAAUACUACAUUAACAUGUGAAGUACAAGGUAUUCCAAAAGCUAAUGUUAAAUGGUUUUUUAAUGAUAUUGAACUUAAAUCAACACAAAAACAAGCUAUAACAGCUAAACAAAAUAUUCAUACAUUAACUGUUAACCGUGCUGAUCAAACUGAUGCUGGUGUUUACAAAGCUGUUGCAGAUAAUGGUACUGGAACACCAGUUGAAACAACUUGUACUCUUACUGUUGGCAGUAAACCAAAAGUUGAAGGUAAACCAGUUGAUGCAACAGUUACUGUUGAACAACUAGCUGUUCUUCAAUGUACAUUUUCUGGUUUUCCAAAACCAGAAGUUACCUGGUUUAAAGAUAAUGUUCCAAUAAUACCAGAUCAACGUAUAACUAUUCAAGAAAAUCAACCAAAUGUUCAUUCAUUACACAUAAAUCAUUCGCAAAUGGAUGAUAAAGCAACAUAUUUAUGUAAAGCUAGAAAUCGUUUUGGUGAAAUUGAUGCUAAAAUGAAUCUAAAUGUUAAUUCAAUUAAACCAACUAUUAUUCGUGAUUUACAAGAUCAACAAAUAAUUGAAAAAAGUCAAUCAAUUGAACUUCAAAUUGAAAUUACUGGUGUACCACAACCACAAAUAAAAUGGUUUAAAGGUAAUGAUGAAAUUAAUACAACAACAACUCAUAAAGAUUAUGAAAUAAAAUUUGAUAAUAAACAAACCUAUACAUUAUUUGUACCAAAUUCAACACCUGAACAUCAAGGUGAAUAUUCCGUUCAAGCAACAAAUCCAGGUGGAACAAUUAAAUCAAAGAAAACAAAAGUAAUCGUACAGAAAAAACCAGAAUUUAUUAAAUUACCACAAUCACAAACUAUUAAAGAUGGACAAUCAGUUAUAUUUGAUGGCCAAAUAGAUGCUUAUCCUCAACCGAAAGUUACAUGGCUUAAAAAUGGUAAGCCAUUAACACCUGAUCUUGGUUUUGAAAGUCAAUAUGAUGCUAAAACUGGUCAUAUUACACUUAAACAUAAAGCAGCAACAAAUAAACAAGCUGGUGAACUUAUUUGUCGAGUCGAAAAUGCAGCUGGUACAACUGAUGCAUCAGUAACACUCGAUGUUCAAGCUGUACCAGUUAUUACAAAGAAAUUAACUGAUCAAGAAGUUAUGAUCGAUAAUGAAAUACGUUUUAUUGUUGAUAUUGCAGGUUCACCAACACCAACUAUAUCUUGGACAAAAGAUGAUCAUCCAAUUACACCUGAUAAUAAUCAUAUUAUCGAAUCAGACAAAACAACUCAUACAUUAAUAAUUAAAAAUGUUAAAUCAACUGAUGAAGGUAAAUAUCGUGUAGUAGCUGAAAAUCCUCUUGGUCAUGUUGAUUCAACGGGCCAAUUAACUGUACUUGAACAACCAUUAAUUGAUCAAUCAUUUGGUGAUAUAACUCAACCAAUUGGUACAGACGUUAGUCUUAAAUGUAAAAUAAUUGGUGGCCGACCAAAACCAACAAUAACAUGGCUUAAAAAUGGUAAAGAAUUUAAAGGAGAUGAUCGACAUAUAAUAACAUCAACAACAGACGGUUUAUGUGAAUUAUUAAUUAAAUCUCUUGAUGAAACAGAAAAUCAAUCAAAAUAUACAUUAUUAGUUAAAAAUAAAGUUGGACAAAAAGAAAUCAAUUCAAUAAUUACAGUUAAAGCACCAUUAGAAUUUAUUCAAUCAUUAAAAGAUCAAGAUAUACUUGCACAAUCAUCAUGUGUAUUAACUGUUGAAACAAAUGGAAUACCAAAACCAACAGUUAAAUGGUAUUUUAAUGAUCAAGAACUUAAAAAUACAGCAAAAACUAAAAUUGAAUCAAAACAAAAUACUCAUACAUUAACAUUACCAAAAGUUGAUUUACCUGAUGAAGGUGUUUAUAAAUGUAUUGCAACAAAUCCUGAUGGAACGAUCGAAACAAAAGCAAAUAUAUCUGUUUGCACUAAACCAAAAGUUGAUGGUAAAGUUAAUGAUGUUACUGUUCAAAUUAAUGACUCUGCAGAACUACGUACUAAAUUCAGUGGUAUACCAAAACCAACUGUGGCUUGGUACAAAGCCAAUGAUCUUAAUAAUCCAUUAAAAUCAAAUGAUAAUAUUGAAAUAAGUGAAUUACCUGAUGGUACAAAUAUACUUAAAUUAAAAAAGACUGAUUUAACAGAUAGUUCAGCAUAUAUUGCUCGUGCAACAAAUAAAAUUGGUGAAAUUGAUUCAAAAAUAAAUUUAAGUGUUAAAGAAAUUAAACCACAAAUAUUAUCUGAUAUAACUAAUAUAAUUGCUGUUCGAGAUGAAUCAGUACAAUUUAAUAUAAAAGCAACAGGCAAUCCUCAACCAACAGUACGUUGGUUUAAAAAUGAUACUGAAGAAAUUCUUUCAACAAAUCAAGAUUAUGAAUUUAUUCAUGAUACUACAUCAGAUACCUAUAGUCUAAAAAUUAAUAAAUGUAAACCUGAACAUCAAGGUGAUUAUUCAGCUAUAAUAACAAAUUCCGGUGGUACAGUUAAAUCUAAAAAAGGCAAAUUAACAAUAACAAAAUCACCUGAAUUUCUUGAAAAACCAACAUCAAUUGAUAUAAAUGAAAAUGAUUUAGCUGAAUUUCGAGCAAAAAUUGAUGCUUAUCCAACAGCAAAAAUUUCUUGGUUAUUUGAAGGUAAACCAAUAACACCUAAAGAAGGAUUUGAUGUACAUACAGAUCAAACAACUGGUACAUCUGUAUUAACUAUUAAACAAACAUUACCUAAACAUGCAGGAAAAAUUACUGUUAAAGCUGAAAAUCCAUCAGGUUCAAUUGAAGAAACUGUUCAAUGUUCAGUUAAAACUGGACCGAAAAUAACAAAAAAACCAACUGAUGUCGAAGCGUUAUUACAUACAGAUGCUGUUUUUCUUAUUGAUGUAUCAGGUUCACCAAAACCAGAAAUUGAAUGGAUUCAUCGUGAUCAAUCAGUAAAACCUUCAAAUAAAUAUGAAAUAAUUGAAGAAAGUUCAACCGUAACUAAAUUAAUCAUUCAUGACGUUACACCUGAAGAUGAAUCACCUAUACAAAUUAAAAUUAAAAAUUCACUUGGUCAAAAUGAAACUACAGUUCAACUUAAAGCACUUCAAACACCAGGUAUUGAACCACAAUUAACAGAUCAAGAAGUAACACUUAAUCAACCACUUAUUCUUAAAGCAAAUGUUUAUGGUCGACCAAAUGUUGAUAUUCAAUGGUUAAAAGAUCAAAAACCUGUAGCACAAUCAGAUCGUAUUAAAUUUGAACGUAAUAAUAAUAAUGAAUGUUCAUUAACAAUAGCAAAUAUUAAAGAAGAAGAUAUUGGUACAUAUACAUUAUCAGUUAAAAAUAAACUUGGAAAAAUUGAUUCAACAUCAAAUGUUAAAGUUACUGCAGCAUUAAAAUUUACUAAACAAUUAAAUGAUUUAGAUAUUAUACAAGGUUCAACUGGAGCUUUAUCUGUUGAAUGUGAAGGUGUACCAAAACCUAAAUUAACAUGGUAUUUCAAUGAUAAUGAAAUUAAAUCUAAUCAAAAAACUCGUAUUGAUACAAAAGGUUCAAUAAGUACAUUAACAAUAAAUAAAGCUGAUAUGCCUGAUAUUGGUGUUUAUAAAGUUAUCGCUGAUAAUGGAAAAGAAAAAAUUGAAACACAAACAAAUGUUGAUGUUUGUGAUCGAGUAAUUAUUUUAGUUAAACCAAAAAUUGAAGGCAAACCUACAGAUGUAACAUGUCUAUUAAAUGAAACAGCUAAACUUAAUAUUAAAUUUUCAUCUAUACCAAAACCAAAUAUUACGUGGCAUAAAGCUGAUGGUACUGAAAUAAUACCUGAUGAUCGUAUUCAAAUUCAUACUGAUGAUAAUGGACAAUCGACAUUAAUUAUUAAUAAGACAACAUUACAAGAUACUCAAGCAUAUACAGCUCGUGCAACAAAUAAAGUUGGAUCAAGUGACGCUAAAAUUAAUCUAAAUAUUAAAGAAGUAAAACCGACAUUAAAAAAUGAUCUUGAACCACAAACAAUUAAUGUUAAUGAUGAACUUAUUUAUCGUCUUGUUGUUGAUGGUCGUCCAAUACCUACUGUUAAAUUCUAUAAAGAUGGUAAUGAAAUAGGUCCAGUUACAAUUGAAAAAUCUCCUACGCCAGAUGAUUCUCUCGUAACUGCUAUUCUUCAUAUUCCGAAAGCUUCUAUUACAGAUCAAGGUGAAUAUCAAGCUUCUAUUGAAAAUCCUGCAGGUGUAAUAAAAACUAAAAAAGCUAAAGUAACUGUUCAACAAAUUCCAACAUUUCUUAAAACACCUAUUGAUGCAACUGUUAGUCAAGGUAAAGAAGUAACAUUUGAAGCUCAAAUAUCAUCAUAUCCAAUAGCUAAAGUAACUUGGUUACUUAAUGGAAAACCUUUAACACCAAAUGCUGAUUGUUCUAUUACAUUCGAUAAUGCAACACAAAAAGCCUUACUUACAUUACGUAAAAUUGAUGCUAAUAAACAUUCAGGUAUAAUAACAUGUCAAGUUGAAAAUACAGCAGGAAAAAUUACACAUGAUGCUAAACUUGAUGUUCUUACACAACCAAAAAUACUCAAAGAAUUAAAAGAUGAAAAUAUUAUUGAAGGACAAGAUGCAAUAUUAUCAAUUGGUGCAAGUGGAUAUCCAUUACCUAAAGUUCAAUGGUUUUUUAAUGAUCAACCUAUUUUACAUGAUAAUCAACAUUAUCAAAUAAUAACAAAACAAGAUGAAAAUUUAUAUGAACUUAAAAUUAAACAAACAAAAUUAACUGAUCAAGGAGUUUAUAAAGUUCAUAUAACAAAUUCUGAAGGUGAAAUAAUAAAUCAAGCUAAUUUAAAUGUUCAUAUUGCACCUACAAUUAGUUCUCUUCCAACAAAAAUUGAAGCUAUACAAGGUGAACAAGUUAUAAUACCAUGUCAAAUAUCAGGACAACCAAAACCUGAAAUAAUAUUUUUAAAAGAUAAAAAAGAUGUAACAACACUGGAAGAUAAAGAUCGUUUUCAUAUUGAAUAUGAUGAUAAAACUGAUAAUGUACGUUUAAUUAUUUCAAAUGUUAAAGAAGAUGAUCAAGGCAAAUAUACAAUACGUGCAAAAAAUCUUGUUAAAACAAUUGAAGAACAAACUACUUUAAUUAUAUCAGCACCAUUAUCAUUUAUUGAUCAAUUACAAGAUACAGAUAUUAUAAGUGGACAAAAUUUAACAUUAACAUGUCAUUGUCAAGGUAUACCAAAACCAACAAUAAAAUGGUAUCAAAAUGAUAAUGAAAUUAAAUCAACAACAAAACAAAAAAUUGAAUCACAACCAGAUGGUUCACAAACAUUAACAAUAAAUCGUGUUGAUUUAACUGAUGGUGGACAAUUUAAAAUUAUUGCAACAAAUUCACAAGGUACAAUAACAUCAACAUGUAAUGUUAAUGUGCUUAUGAAACCAAAAAUUGAUAGUAAACCACAAGAUGUUCAAGUUGUUAUUGGUGAACACGCACAAUUAAAUAUGAAAGUAAGUGGUGUACCAAAACCAAAUAUUCAAUGGUUAAAAAAUAAUCAAUUAUUUGAUAUUGAUAAUAAACGUAUAAAAACUACUGAAAAAGAUGAUGUAUAUUCAUUAAUAUUUGACAGUACACAAUUAGAUGAUAAAGCAUCAUAUACAUUUAAAGCAAUAAAUUCAGCUGGUGAAAUAGAAUCACCUAAAAUGUCAUUAAAUAUAACAUCUAUUCAACCAAAAAUUAAAUUAGAUUUACAACCAACAUUAAAUAUAACAAAAAAUGAAUCAAUUACUUUAACAAUUCAAGCUGAUGGUAAACCAAAACCACAAAUACAAUGGUUUAAAGGAAAUGAAGAAAUUUCUAUAAAUCAACCUAAUAUUAAAAUUCUUGAAGAAGAUGAUAAUACUUAUAAAUUAAUUAUUGAAAAAGCUACAGAAAAAGAUCAAGGAGAAUAUAGUGCAAUUAUUCAAAAUUCUGGUGGACAAAUCAAAUCAAAGAAAACAAAUGUUACUGUUACAAAAUCGCCUGAAUUUCUAUCUAAACCAAUGGAUACAACUAUUAAACAAGGUGAUACAGCUACAAUUGAAUGUCAAAUUGAUGGUUUUCCAUUACCUAAAAUAAUAUUAUUACAUAAUGGAAAACCAGUAACACCUAAAGAUGGUAUUGAACAAACAUAUGAUGCAACAAAUCGCCGUCUUCUAAUAACUGUUAAAAAUGCUCGUGUUGAUCAAACAGGUACAUUAACUUGUAAACUUGAAAAUGCAAUUGGUUCUACGGAAGCAUCAUGUCAAUUAAAUGUUACGGCUGCUCCAAUUAUUUCUAAAGGUUUAACCGAUCAAGAAUGUUUAGUAGAUAAAGAACUUCACUUAACAAUUACAUCAGCAGCAAGUCCACAACCAUCAAUAAAAUGGUUUAAAGAUAAUAUUGAAUUAAAAAAUAUUGGUAAACAAAUUACUGAUAAUACAUAUGAAUUAAUUAUACCAAAUGUUAAACCCGAAGAUGAAGGUACUUAUAAAGUUGUUGUAUCAAAUGAUCUCGGUGAUAAAGAAUCUCAAUGUAAAUUAACUGUUAUACAACCAACUGAUCUUAAAUGUGAAUUUCCAGAACAACAAACUAUUGAAAUAGGUCAACCUAUUCAUCUUGAAUGUCAUGUCAGUGGACGUCCACAACCAGAUAUAAUAUGGACAAAAGAUGGAAAAGAAAUAAAACCAUCUGAUCGUGUUGAAAUUGUCAAAAAACCUGAUGGUACUUGUUCAUUAACAAUUAAACAAGCAACAUCAGAUGAUAAAGGUGUUUAUAAAGUAAUAUGUAAAAAUAAAUUACAAACACGUGAAGCUCAAACACAAAUUCAAGUAUCAUCACCAUUAAAAUUCAAUACAACACUUAAAGAUACAAUUGCACAAGUUGGACAAAGUGUAACACUUGAAGUUGAUUGUGAAGGUUUACCAAAACCAACAAUUAAAUGGUUUUUCAAUGGUCAAGAAAUAACUACAUCAGGCAAAUAUAAAAUCGAAUCCAAAGGAAAUCUUAAUAAAUUAACAUUACCUAAAGUUGAUCUUAUUGAUACGGGUAUAUAUGAAGUUGUUGUUUCAAAUGGUAUUGAUACAAUUAAAGCUCAAUCAAAAGUUGAUGUUUGCAUCAAACCUAAAGUUGAAGGUAAACCAUCCGAUGUUAACGUCAAUAUCAAUGAACCAACUAAACUUCAAUGUAAAAUAUCUGCUUCACCAACACCAACUAUAGUUUGGCUUAAAGAUGGUAAACCAAUUGAACCAUCUGAUAAUAUUACAACACAAACUGAACCCGAUGGCACACAAACUCUUCUAUUUAAAUCUGCUCAAAUAACUGAUAAAGGAAGUUAUACAUGUCAAGCAACAAAUAUUGGUGGUACAACAGAUGUUAAAUUAAAUUUAAAUGUUCAACAAAUAAAACCAACAUUAAAAGCUGAUCUUAUAAAAGAUAUUGUUAGUCAAGCUGAUGAACCUGUAACACUUAAAAUACAAGCAUCUGGUACAAACCCAAAAGUUAAAUGGUAUAAAGAUGGUGAAGAAAUAAUAAAAACUGUUGAAGAAGAAUAUGAAAUAAUUGAAGAAGAAGAAACAUUUACAUUAUUACUAAAACGCGCACAACCAAAAGAUAGUGGUGAAUAUCAAGCUGUAAUAACAAAUGAUGUUGGACAAAUAAAAUCAAAAAAAAUCAAAGUACAAAUACAAAAAGCUGCACAAUUAAAAAAGAAACCUGAACCUAUUGUUAAUGUUAAACAAGGUGAACAAGCAUAUUUUGAAUGUGAAUUUGAUGGUAAUCCAAUACCAAAAGUAUCAUGGUUACGUGAUGGAAAACCAUUAACAGCUAAAGAUGGUUUUGAAAUAAAAACUGAUGCAACUAUAGGAAAAAGUGUUUUAAUUAUUAAUCAAACAACACCUAAGCAUUCAGGACCAAUAACAUUACGUUUAGAAAAUUCUGUUGGAAAGCCAAUUGAAGAAAUAAUUCAAUUACAAGUUGAAACAGCACCACAAAUUUUACAAAAACCACUAGCAACAAGUGAGGUACAUUUAAAUCAAACAGCUUCAAUUUCAUUUAAAUGUUUAUCUACACCAAAACCAUUAAUACAUUUAUUUAAAAAUGAUAUUGAAAUACAAUUAACUGAUGAACAUUAUGAACUUGUAACAAGUUCAACAGAUUCAACAUUAUAUGAAAUUAAAAUAAAAAAUGUUCAACUUGAAGAUGAAGGAAAUUAUCGAUUACGUAUUGAAAAUUCUUUAGGAAAUAUUGAAUCAAAUUUUCAAAUAACAACAGUUGAUAAUGUCUCAAUACAACCAUCAACUAAACCAAUAAAUACAGAUUUAAAACAACAUGAUACAUUAACACUUGAAUAUACUGUUAAUGGACGACCAAAACCUGAUAUUAUAUUUAUGAAAGAUGGAAAAGAAAUAAAACCAUCAGCGAAAACACAAAUAACAUAUGACGAAACAACAGGUAUUUGUCGAUUGAUAACAACUGAUGUUGGACAAGAAGAUCAAGGUGUUUAUACAUUAAUCGCAAAAAAUAAAUUAGGUAAACAAGAAAGUGAACCAAUUAAAAUAAAUGUUACUGCACCAAUUAAUAUUAAAAAAACUCUACCAGAAACAAUCGAUGCUAUUUUUAAUGAACAAACAACAUUAACUAUUGAAGCUGAAGGUAUUCCUCAACCAAAAAUAACAUGGCUAUUUAAUGAUCAACCACUUAAAUCUUCACCAAAACAUAAAAUUGAAAUACCAAAAGAUAAUCCACAUUUAAAUACUUUAACAAUUACAAAAUUAGAUAAUUCUGAUAGUGGUAAAUAUACAGCUAUUAUUGAUAAUGGUCUUGAAAAACUUCAAUCAAAUUGUCAAUUAAAUAUUUAUUCUAAACCUAAAUUAGAAUCUAAAUUAGAACCAACAAUGACAUUUAAUAUUGGUGAACAAGCUUCCAUACCAAUACGUCUUAGUGGUGAAGAUAAUACAAUAACUUGGUUCAAAGAUUCACAACCAAUUGAAUUUAAUGAUCGUAUACGUAUAACAACAGAAGAAAAUAAUUCAUAUCAAUUAAUUAUUGAUGAUCUUCGUUCGGAAGAUAAAGGUAUUUAUUCAAUGAUUAUUAAAAAUAAAGGUGGUAGUUUAGAAACCAAAACAACAUUAAAUAUUAAAGAACAAAAACCACA